AUGCCGACCUGGUGUGAGCAUAUGAACACCACAUAUGCAAUGGAAAACUUAACCCUGGCCACCACUCACUCAUGUUACGCAGUUUACAGCGUAGAGAAGAGGCUGAUUCUGUUUUUCUACCUGUCCGUCAUCAUCAUUGCCAUCCCGUCCAACACCUUCUCCCUCUAUGUGUCCUGGCAGUACAUUAUGCAGAAGAACGAGCUUGGCGUGUAUCUAUUCAACCUGGCCCUGAGUGACCUGGCCUUCACUAUCGGCCUUUGUUUGUGGCUGAACUUCUUUUGGAGAGGAGUUUGGGCCUACGGAGGCUACGUUUGUUUGCUAUCCGUCAACAUGGUCCUCACUAACUAUUACACCAGCGAUGCCCUCCUCUGCUGCAUUGCUGUUAACCGCUACCUGGCAGUGGUGCACCCAUUAAAGUACACUUUUGUGAGGAAAGUUGGCACUGCAGCAGUGGUCAGCAUUGUCAUUUGGGUGCUGGUGCUCUGUUUCAAUGCCACCACGAUCACCUGGGAGGACACAUACUAUGAAAACAACAAGUUUUCAACGUGCUUUGAUUUCUAUCUCCUGCCAUCAGACAGAUCGGCUUGGACUAAGGUGGCACGCUUCUUCCUGGCUUUUAUUAUUCCCCUUCUCCUAGUGGUGCUUUCCACCUUGGGAAUCUGUGAGGCAGUCAAAUCCAACCAGGCCACAGAGAAACAAGAGCGUAAACGGAUUUUGAAGCUUCUGACAGUCAUCCUGGUCUGCCAUGUGUUAUUCUUAGGGCCUACCCACAUCAUGAUGCUUCUCAGCAUACUAGUGCAAGAUUGCAGUAAUAUUCCAUGGCUCUUUUGGCUAGAAGAGAUCAGUGUAGCUAUCUCAAGCCUCAACUGCCUCAUGGACCCUCUGCUUUACUGCUUCAUUACUGAAAAAGGGAAGGCAAAUGUCAAUCAGGUUGUUCUCUUCUUCCAGGUAAAGAAGAGAAGCAAAGAUGGAGGUUUGGUAUAA